UUACUACAGCGAAUCUACCAGCAGAGAACAUCUCUGGUUUACUAUCUGAACACACAUCUGGUGUCUAUUUUGGUUGGGCCAAAUUGUCUACUCGUGGUAUCUACAAGAUGGUCAUGAGCAUAGGAUGGAAUCCGUACUUCAAUAAUACGGAAAAGACAGUGGAGCCAUGGCUUCUCCAUGAAUUCGAUGAUGAUUUCUAUGGGGAGGAGCUACGCCUUGUUGUCGUGGGCUAUAUAAGGCCAGAGGCUAAUUUUCCAUCACUUGAUAGCUUGAUUCAGAGAAUCCGUCAGGAUGGGAGGAUAGCAGAGAAAGCCCUUGAGCUUCCAAUAUACGCAGGUUACAAAGAUGAUCCAUAUUUAAAAAAUUCUUUUCAAUUGAACAAUUGUUGCUAAUGGUGGAGAUGAAGCAACUAUUAUUUGGAAAUCGUAAUCUCUGUCAAAUAACUACACCAUAUUACAACGAGCAAACAUAGAAUAAAACACUCUUAUAUUGUUUGCAUUUAAUAA